AUGAAAGGUGGGAAUGAUACCGCGUCACCACAUCUAAAAAAGUCACUUAAUCAACAAAUACUGGCCAAGGGACAAAGAAGAAAAUUUGGCCAUUUAAAGGAGUGGAAAGGACUCGAACUAUGCUCAAUGGCAACAGAUAUACCAGGAAGAUAUAGAUCCAUUGGUACAUUCGUUGAUUGGGGUUCCGAUAAAUGCCAGGAAGAUCAGGAACCGUCCAUCGAACUCUGA